CCUCCCGUGGUUCAACCCGGGACAGGUAACAACAUCAUUAUAAAUCCUAGGCAAAGGUUGAAUCCGGUCCUCGAGUGCAUCCGGAAUGUUGGAAAAGAGUUUGGCGAGAUUUUGCCCGACUUCCAGGUAGGAAAGACGACUGGCGUGUUAUUCCUCAGCCUACGGUACCAUCGCCUUCAUCCAGAGUACAUCCACCAGCGAAUUGAGGCCCUAGGGUACGCAUACAAUCUACGCAUACUGCUGCUCAUGUGUGAUAUCACAGAACACCAAGGUCACAUUCGAGAACUGACCAAAAUGUGCAUGAUCAACAACAUCACAAUCAUAGUCACAUGGAGCGCGGACGAAGCUGGACAAUACUUGUCGACUUUCAAGCAAUUUGAGCGCAAGCCCCCGGAUCUCAUUCGUGAACGCGUCGAGCGCGAACCCAGCGCCAUUAUGCGUGCAGCGCUCACCGGCAUCAGCAGGGUCAACAAGACCGACGUAGAGACCCUGCGCGCGUCUUUCGGCAGCUUUGCGAAUAUAUCCCGCGCGACGUCAGACGAACUCUCUCGCCUGCCGGGCUUCGGUCCUAAAAAGGUGGCGCGCAUGAAAGAUGCAUUCAAUCACCCUUUCCGCGACAGC